GUUCUAUCCACACACCCGAUCUCCUUUUUGCCCGCGUUCGUUUAACAUUCAAUCGAUUUCUAGAAACGGAAUUCCUCCCGACGCUGUCACCUACUUGAUAACUCUUUGCAUUUGUCCUUCGGCAACAACUCAGAAAUCAUGCUGGAGGGCGAUCACAUCACACGAAGACGAAGGGUCGAUAAUUCUAAAAGGAGGACAGACAAUAUAGACGCUUUCUCCGCCAAAGGCCUGGCAGCAGAAGAGUCUUUCAGCGACAUAGAAGAUUCGAUAAAUCAACAUGAGGAGCGAAGAGAAAUUGGGUCAAGCUUGGGUGGUAUCAUGAGUGCCGUAACACUCGUGAACUUCACCGACUGGACAAAUAUAGUUCUGAUGGUUUCGUUGAUAUUUGGUGGCUGCUGUGCUAAUGUAUUUGCCCUAGAAGCCAUUAUCAAAGAUCAACCUACGUCGGGUUCUUUAAUAACUUUUGCUCAGUUUAUACUGACUGCACUGUUUACCUUGCCUAGUUUCAUGUCGCUGUCUGCUGGGCCCCGGUCCUUAUUCAUUGGUCCAAGAGCUAUCCCCUUGAGGUCGUGGCUCAUAUAUACGGCCUUCUUCGUGACCGUGAACCUUCUCAACAACUGGGCCUUCGCUUACAAAAUCUCCGUACCAUUGCAUAUAAUACUGAGAUCUGGUGGGCCGGUUGCAUCCAUGAUAGUUGGCUAUCUCUUUAACUCCAAGAGAUACUCACCAGGCCAAGUCUUGGCAGUGGUGAUGCUUACUCUGGGUGUCGUCACUGCAGCGUUAGCAGAUGCUCAUGUUAAGGGUCAGCCUAUUGAUCUCGGAAGCGAAGGCACCGAAGUCAGAUUUACUCAAACUUUGAUCGGUUUUACUAUACUCGCCCUUGCAAUGGUUCUUUCCGCUUUUCAGGGGAUUUAUGCAGAUCGCUUGUAUGAAGCGUACGGCCGAAACCAUUGGAAGGAGGCACUCUUCUAUUCGCAUACGCUGUCGUUACCACUCUUCAUACCAACAUAUUCGCAUCUCCUAACCCAGUGGCAUGCUCUUUUCUUAUCGCCGCCAUUGCUUUCUAAAGUGGCCGCGUUCACGACAGAGGGUGGCCCUUCAAAUACGACCUUUCCCAAGGUUGGAGGUCUUGCUGCCACAACAACAUUCCCUUUCGGAACCAGCGCAGGCCCGCUUUGGGGGUCUUUCCGAGAUUCUCACCUAGCUCCUUUCUUGGCCAUGGUACCAAUGCGGAUGGUCUACCUUCUGAUGAAUGCAUUGACGCAAUAUCUUUGUAUUCGCGGGGUCCAUUACCUCUCAGCAAAAUCGUCUUCCUUGACUGUUACUAUUGUACUGAACAUCCGGAAAUUGCUCUCGCUUGUCUUAUCCAUCUAUUUGUUUGGCAAUGACCUCGCACUAGGUGUGCUCGUUGGUGGGUUCCUGGUGUUCUCAGGCGGGGCAUUGUAUGGCUUUGAGGGUGCGCGGUUGAGGAGAAAUAUAAAGAAGGACUAG